UCCUUCAGUCUCCACGGCGCAGCCACUCUCGCCUGUCUCGGCAGCAGUGUAGUAGUAAUCAGCCUGCCGCGCUCUGAGCUCGCAUUUUGUGUCACGGUGCCACCGGGAGAGGGGCGACAGACUGCUGUGUGUCAGGGGAUACCAGUCACCAUCCGCACGGUUCAAGCGACAUCCUGCCGCGGGCAAUGACAUUGGCAGACUGAAGUGGGAAUACACGAGAAAACGCAAAAAUGACGGUGGACUUUGAAGAAUGUAUUAAAGAUUCACCCCGAUUCAGGGCUGGCAUUGAUGACGUGGAGACAGAUGUGGUGGAGAUUGAGGCAAAGCUCGACAAGCUGGUGAAGCUGUGCAGCGGGAUGAUCGAGGCCGGCAGGGCCUACGUCAGCGCCAACAAACUCUUUGUGAACGGCAUCAAGGACCUGUCACAGCAGUGCAAGAAGGAGGAGAUGAUAUCGGAAUGUCUUGAAAAGUGUGGAGAAAGCCUCCAGGAGAUUGUCAACUACCACAUGAUUUUGUUUGACCAGGCUCAGAGGUCGAUCAAGCAGCAGCUUCACACCUUCAUUAAAGAGGAUGUACGUAAGUUCAAGGACACCAAGAAGCAGUUUGACCGGGUGCGUGAGGACAUGGAGCUGGCCCAGGUGAAGAACGCCCAGGCACCCAGGAACAAGGUGCACGAGGCUGAGGAGGCCACACAGGCCCUUGUCCUCAGCCGCAAAGCUUUUAGGCACCUGGCCCUAGACUACGUGCUACAGAUUAAUGUGCUUCAGGCCAAGAAGAAGUUUGAAAUCCUGGAUGCAAUGCUGUCCUUCAUGCGUGCCCAGUACACUCUUUUCCAACAAGGCUUUAACAUCUUGGAUGAGAUUGACCCCUACAUGAAAAAACUGGCUGCGCAGCUGGAUCAGCUGGUCAUCGACUCGGCCAUGGAGAAGAGGGAGCUGGAGCACAAACAUGCCAUCAUCCAGCAGAGAACUCUGAUGCAGGACUUUUCUUAUGAUGACCCCAAGUUGGAAUUCAAUGUGGAUGCACCCAAUGGCGUGGUCAUGGAGGGCUACCUCUUCAAGAGGGCCAGCAAUGCGUUCAAGACCUGGAACAGGCGGUGGUUUUCUAUACAAAACAGCCAGCUGGUCUACCAAAAGAAGCUCAAGGACUCUUUGACGGUGGUGGUGGAGGACCUGAGGCUGUGCUCAGUCAAACCCUGUGAAGAUAAUGAGAGGAGGUUCUGCUUUGAGGUGGUUUCACCCACUAAGAGCUGUAUGCUGCAGGCUGAAUCGGAGAAGCUGCGGCAGGCUUGGAUCCAGGCAGUCCAGGCAAGCAUCGCCAGUGCUUAUAAAGACAUCGCCGACAAUUAUUACAUUGAGCGUUUGGACAGGACAGCCUCGCCCUCCACCAGCAGCAUCGAUUCUGCCAGUGAGCCCAGAGAGAGGGGGGAGAGGGGAGUUCGGGGAGGUGGGGAAAGCCUCCUCCAGAGGGUGCAGAGCCUGCCAGGCAACGAGCUGUGCUGUGACUGUGGCCAAACAGCUCCCUGCUGGGCCUCCAUCAACCUGGGAGUGCUGCUCUGCAUUGAGUGCUCAGGAAUCCACAGGAGUUUAGGCGUCCAUUGCUCUAAAGUGCGUUCACUGACGUUAGACUCAUGGGAGCCAGAAUUACUCAAGCUGAUGUGUGAAUUGGGGAACACUGUGAUCAACCACAUUUACGAGGGAACCUGCGAAGAGCUGGGAGCAAAAAAACCUGGACCAUCCAGUUCAAGACAGGAGAAAGAGACCUGGAUCAAGGCUAAAUACGUGGAGAAACGCUUCCUAAAGAAGAUGAGUGGGAGCGAGGCACUGGUGGAGGGUGAAAGGAAGUCCCGGCCAUGGACAGUGAAGAAGUGCCAGCGACACAGCAGUUCUGCUCGGGCCCCCAACAAGGCCCGCAGGAAAUACCACCGCUACGAGCCGGGCAGCGCUUCACCUGCAAACCUCUCUGCAGCAGCUGCAGCAAAGUUUCGCCGGGACUCCCUGUUUUGCCCAGAUGAGCUGGAUUCACUAUUUUCCUACUUUGACACUGGCUCUGGUCCUCGCAGUCUUAGCAGUGACAGCGGCCUGGGAGGAAGCACUGACGGCAGCACAGACAUCCUGGUAUUUGGCUCGGUGGUGGACAGUGUCACAGAAGAAGAGGAGGAGUCGGAGGAGUCCUCCAGUGGUGAGGUGGAGAUCGAACAGGAAGUAUCUUCAGACCCCGAAGACCCGAGGGAGUUCCACCCCGGGGCGCUCCUCCACCGAUCCGCCCGUCUACACAACCUGCCGCUCAUGGCGGAGGCACUGGCACACGGUGCUGACGUACACGCUGCAAGUGAGGAGGAGGAGGCAAAAACGCCACUCAUUCAGGCCGUAAUCGGGGGCUCUCUGAUAGCUUGUGAGUUCCUGCUGCAGAACGGAGCCGAUGUGAACCAGAGGGACAUGAGAGGCAGAGGCCCACUGCACCAUGCCACCUACCUCGGACACACUGGUCAGGUGUGUCUGUUCCUGAAGAGAGGAGCUUCACAGACGGAGGUGGAUGAGCAGGGCCAUGACCCCCUAAGUAUUGCUGUCCAGGCCGCCAACGCAGACAUCGUCACCCUACUGCGCCUAGCGCGGAUGAACGAGGAGAUGCGAGAGGCGGAGGCUCCGUUGGGUCAACCAGGUCAAUACCACAGCAGCAGCCCCACUGAGCAGCAGUAUAGAAAGUGCAUCCAGGAAUUCAUCUGCCUCACCAUAGACGAAUGCUAGUGGUCCCUUUAUUUAUAUAUUUAUAUAUAUAUAUAUAUAUAUAUAUAUAUAUAUAUAUAUAUAUAUAUAUAUAUAUAUAUAUAUAUAUACCUAGCUUAUGAUGAAGAAGCUUGGGGUGUCUGAGAAUAGAGGAGCGUACCACUUGCUCAUUAUGGGGGUGCGUUGUGUUGUAGGGAGACCCCUGAUGGACCUUUUUAACUCUACUAACACUACAGUCACCAUCUACAUUUUUCAUCACAACUACGUUUCUGCUUGCCAUUACUCGGAACCACCCAUGCUAUGCUAGCUACAUGACACACAGUAAAAUGACAUGUGGUUUUUGGUGUUUUGCUAACAGGGUUGUCCUCUAACUUAUCGUAACGUGGUGUGAGCCCUUGUGUGAGGGUGUGUGGGUUGCCUAACAGCUCUUCGCUGCAUUAACCCCCUUACACAUUAUAUCUCUCCCGACCAUCUAUGACCAUCCAACUUACCCAUCUCUUCUUAAUCGGAGAUGUAAAUAUACGUAUUUAGAAGUUGUAUGGGUAAUCUAUAAACUAUGUGCUGUGGCAUGAGGUGAAAAAAAUGGUAUUUGUUCCAUUACUAAAAGAAAAAGAGUAACUGACAAGCUACAGUGGAGGUGGGCAGGGUAAUUUACUGUGUAUAAAGAGGUGUCAGGAAGGGACAUUUAAUGUAAAACUGUGACAAAAUUACUCAAGGGCUUGUGGAAAAGAGACCUCUUGCCUGCGUUGUAAGAUACUUUGUGAGUGAGUGAGUGAGUGAGGAGAGUAAAUGAGUGCAUGUGUCAAAGAAUACUGAGAAACCUAGUUAAAUCAUGAUAUGAUACAUAAUGUUUUAAUGUAAAGGAGAAAAAAAAAGAUUCUGCACUUUUCCCACCUACAGUAUUAUAUUUUUGUUUAUUUUCAUUCAGUCAGCUUUUACAUUGUUCUUGUCUAGUCCAGUCUAUUGUCCAUCUCUCUAUUGUCUAUUUUAUUCCUUUCUUUGUAUUUUUAUUUUAUCUCCACAAGAGGACCAGUGCAAUGCAUUCUUGGAUGCAGUUUACUUCUGCAUUUCUGUUAUUGAUUGUCAUUUUAAUCUGAAAGCAUUACUUGGACUUUUUGACAGGAAGUAUUUAGAUUACAUCAUGUAAUAGCACUCAUAAAAGACAUGUUGCUUUAAUUUUCCCUUUGGAAAGGCCUUAAAUUGCUAUGAGUAAGAUUACUGAUACUCAAACACACCACUGGAAGAGAUUUUAUUAGUUUAUCUAUGGAACUUGGAGUUACAAUGUACCAUUGUUUUAAAAUUAGUUGCAGUCAUUCGUUGUUCACUAGUGAGGAUGAGAACUCGUCAAGUUGUGAAGGUGAAGUGCAGACAAAGCCGGAGCAGCAAGUCUUGUAGUGCAAUGAGCGAGUGUAUAAAGCUGGAUUUAUGGCUCGUCCUUCCAUCCACUGCCUUUCCCAGUGCAAAGGGGAAUCAUGGCGCCUCCAUGUUGUUGUAAAUACUCAUCCAUGUUACAGUGUCUGUGGUGAGAUAAAGGAGCACAUUUCUUACGUGUUUACACACUUGUGGGGUCAAAGGACGUAUAUAUCUGGCUUCCCUCACUGGUCAAUGCUUACAAUGUUCUCUGCAUGCUUUGCCAGAGUCAUUAGUGGGAGGUUCAACAUCGUUUGCGUUCUGAGCAUGAUAAAAUAUUUUUCAAUGGUUUGAUCACGUCGUGCAGUGCAGUCCUGUGAAAUGAGCAUGCACCACCAUGACCCCUCUGGUGUUUCUUACUUUUUGCACCUCUGUGCCAUUCUUCCAUCCAUGGACCAAAUCUGUGGUGACUUCUUCAUUCCUGUCUUUUUUAGUUUGUUUUCACAAAAGCUUAGUAACAGUGAUUUUAGUUAUUGUUUGUAUCUUGUGGUUUAUUUUCCUCUGCCAAAGACUUUUUAAAGGGAAAGUGUCUGACAUUAUUGUAUGAUAUCACCGUUUUUUUUGUUUUUUAAACUGAAACUGUUCAGAGUAGGUACAGCAUAGUCUUGACAUGCUUUGUGAAGUGACAGAGUGGUAGAAACACUGUUGGUGUACUCACCUGCUCAAAAGAGGUUAUAGAAAUGUGACAGACCUGAGAGAUUUUGAUAUGGCAGGUUAUAUUCUGCAAUAGUUCAAUGUACUGCAAGUAGAACCAGUCUAGGGGGUGAUGUGAUGCUACUGUGACCAAACUGUUAAGGGCCCUCGCCCUAGCUGAAGUAUUAAAUGUUGUGUCCAUUGUGUGUGACAUAGGAGUGGUUAAAGGUGCUGUUCAAAGCAAACAUGCUGUAAAUAGUACACUUGUGUAUUUUAACUUGAUGCCAGCUGCCUGCUUCUCAGCAUUCAAUCACAGAUCCCGACUGUCUGAUCUGUUUUAUGUAUCUCUUUCAAAAAGCAACCUGUCAGACCAAACUGACUCGGAGGCGUUCUUCUGUCCACUGACAUUUGGAUAUCUUUGGAAUACUUUCUUCUUUGUCUUUAGAAGCACUGAGUGGGGGGGGGGAAGAAAAACAAAAUGCAUACAAUAAAACUGAGAAUCUCUUGAUGAACUAACCCUGCUUCCUGCUUGUUGCUCUCAUUUCUGUUUCCUGUCUCAUCUCUUGUGCAUUAACAUUCUCUCAACAUUGCAGCAAUAUAUUUUAUAUAAUAUAUUUUUAUAUAAGAGAAAAUAGUGUCUGUAAAUGAUGAAUUGAUAAAACGGGUGUUUUAAUUUGAAGAAAUAGAGCUGCUGUAUGUCGAAACAUUGUCAGAUUUUGGGAGAAUGCUUUUGUUUUUUUACAAUGUGGUAACAAACGUUUGGGUAGCACUUGGCUUAUUCAAAGCAAUACUAUGGUUUCCUCCAUUAUACUAAAUAUAAAUGAAAUGUACACAUGGACAUCUCCAUACUGCCAGGUCAACAUCAACACAUUAUUUAAAGAUCACUUUAGUGGUUUGGGUCUGCUGUUUUUUCAGAUAGUGCCUCAGUUUCUAGAAUGCAGCAGCAACACUGUGCCUUGAAUAAUUCAGUGUCUCCAGUGUGUUAUGUGAUCUCACAAGUAUUACACCAUCACUGAAAAAUGUCCUCACAUGCCAGAAGUGUCUUAAUUCCUCUCUCACAUGUCCACUUUAGGAAAUAAGCGGCUGACUGACAUAUCAUUGCUUCUGUUACCACAGGGGUUGCCACGGGCAGCAGGAGCGUUAAACCCAAGGAUGUCCGGGAUAGAGUGAGUGAAGCAUCCUGGGCCGUCAUACUAGGGGUUCAGUGUGAUACUGUGAUUCUUUCUACUCUGGUGGUUGUGGGUGAUCUUUAAGGUGUCUGUCGCCCAUUCUGUUGCGCGCACACACUUUUUGCAGCUGUCUGGACGUUUGGAAUCAUGGGGAGAAAUUAGGCAUUCAAUGGUACACAAAUCUUCAGUGGUGGAGUAUUGAAAAAGAUGUCUUGAGACCCAAGUUUAAUGCAGCAUUCACAUACUUUUUGAAAUAUGUGGUUUAUACUCCCAAAAUGUUCAAACAUCAAAUGUUUAGUACAGUAAGUACCAAGCAGCAGAGAAUGGGUAAGUAUAAUCCACUGCAUAUUAUGAAAUGUGAAUUAGAAUAUAAAGCACACCAAUCCAGGUAUCAUCACUUGGUUGUGGCUUGAAAAUGAACAAAAGAGAGAAAAGGAUCCCUGGGUGACGUAAGAGUGAACUGGCCAGGAUGCUCACCAUUCUUUCCCUGCAAGUUCCUGAUUUUCUGUUCUGCAGACUAACAGAGACCCCCAUUUAGAAGUUUAUAAUAAAUCAAAAAUGUGCAUAAGAUCCAACUUAAGUUUCUGGUAUCAAGUCAUAAACGUAUUUACUCAUAAACAAAAUAUACAUCACUUACAGUAUCUUGAAGGAAUAGGUGUCUAUAUACCACCAAGGUAGACUGAGGAGCUUUACUCAAUCUUGAGGCUAUGCUGUGGGGGUGUUGCUCUUUCAUGCAGAUGUUUAUCAUCUCUGUCUUUCUUCCUGAAUAGUGACAUGUGGGUUAUUGGGGAUUGCAGUAUUUGCUGGUUUAUUGCUUUUAUGUCACGUCAUUAAAAAGGCUUGCAGUGUUGCUCGCUGGUGUUAAAGGUAAGCAAAAGCUAGCAGAUUGGUCCCUGCAGUCUCCAUGGUGCCCAGCCCAGUGGGACGAACCGCCAUUUGACUUUAGUAUCCCCCCGUUGCAGGUGACAUCUCCUGCAUUGAUGUCUUUCGCGAGUUUUCUCUCCUCGCGUCUCUCCAGCCCGAGAAGUUGAGGAGAAGGAGCAUGCAGUUCAGCCACUGCAAGAAGCCAGAGUGACCACCUCUUCUUCUCAACACUUUUCAGUUACUUUGGAUCAAGAGGGUGGCUUCCACAUGCCAUUAAAAAUUACAUUUUGAUGCUAGGGAGUGAAUGCUGCUGGCAUGAGAUGCUCAAAACCUGCAGGAACUAGUUAAAGCUGUUUUAUAGUAGGCUUGUAGCCUAAUAGUUCUCAAUUGCUGUUGUAAAUGUUUGUUUAAAGUCAAGAUAAUAGACAUAGGAAAGCUUCCUCCAGAACUACAGAAAACAUUUUUCGAAUGUUUCCACAGGAUAAAUCAUACUCUCUAUGAUGAGUAAACUAAACUUCUUGUUGUUGUUGUUGUUGUUGUUUUAAUCUAAACUAAAUCAGUGAAGUAACUGUUUAAUGUUUUGUAUAAUUUUAUUUUGUCAACUGCAAAUCUAUGAUGAUAUGAUUUUCAAACUCUUGUGCAACUGGUGGCAGAAAAAAAAAUAAAAACCAUACAGUGAAAACGC